GCCAAGUUAUAAAACCGCGGGUAAAACGGGGGUAAUUCGCGGGAGGAACCCCAUUCAAAAUUUUAUGCAAAACCGAAAGCGUUUUGGAUUGUUUUGUGAAUUAUCAGUCGAAUAUCGUGUCUGGCUAGAACUUUUAGUGAGAUGACAUUAUCUGAUACUGUCAGGACAAGAAAUUCGAUAAGAGAAAGCAGACCAAGGAACGAAUACAAUAAUGAAGUUCUGGCGACAGGAGACAAUAUUAGCCGUUUCCAUUCACAAAUAUCUUUGUUUGGCCAGUCACACACAAUCAGUGUUCUGCUUAUGUUGAUUAUUGUCUUGUGUUAUGUCGCUGUUGUUGAAAAUUCGACAGAUAAUUCGUCGGAAUACAAUGCAAAAAGGGGUGUCAUUGCCUGUUUUGCAGUUUUUAUGGCGUUCGGAGUAACACAAGUAAAAGAUGGACCGUUUCUACGUCCUCAUCCAGCAUUUUGGCGCCUUGUCGUGUGUGCAAGUAUCAUAUACGAAUUAUGUCUAAUAUUUCUUCUGUUUCAAACUGCGACAGAUGCGAGACGUUGGAUGUCACACAUCGAUCCAGCUUUAGGAAAGGACUUACCUGAACAUGAUUAUGGUGGUAACUGUUUAAUCUAUGAUAAAAAUAACACAGAAAACCCAUGGCAUAAUGUGUGGGACAAGUUUGAUGCGUUUGUUCCUGCACAUUUUAUUGGUUGGUGGAUAAAAACUUUGAUACUUCGGGACUACUGGAUGACGUUUAUUUUAAGUUUGAUGUUUGAGAUAAACGAAUACUCUCUUCAACAUCAACUUCCAAACUUCUCUGAAUGUUGGUGGGAUCACUGGUUCAUGGAUUUCAUUCUUUGCAAUGGAGGUGGUAUAGUGUUUGGAAUGUAUACCUUGCAUUAUUUAGAAAUGAAGAAAUACAACUGGCGAGACGUGUUAGAUAUUCCAACAUACAGUGGUAGGCUGUUGCGUCUUGUAGAGCAGUUUACUCCUUACAGUUGGAGAAAGUUUAACUGGAAUGCAACGGUUUCUUUAAAAAGAUGGUUUACAGUUCUGCUGUUAAUUUUUAUGUUUUCAUUAGCGGAAUUGAAUGUGUUUUACAUGAAGGCUGCGUUGUGGAUCCCCCCAACGAAUAAUCUUAUCGGAUUCCGACUGGCUUUGUAUUCAUUAAUGGGAUUAGUUGCAUGCCGGGAAACUUAUGAUUAUCUUAACGACAGUACAUGUAAAAAGUUUGGUCAGCAAUCGUGGGUUUUAGCUUCCAUCAUAAUCACGGAAGCUUUAAUUUCGGUUAAAUUUUUAUGGGAUGUGGUCACGCUACCUCCACCAAAACAUAUCACCAUCUUUUGGUGUUUCUUUUUAACUGGUGUGUUCGCAUAUACUUGCUGGCUAUUUUUGGUUCGAUUUCUCGGUUAUGGCCGACAUAGUGUUAUAUCAAAUAAGGAAAGUAAUGUUGUGCCAGAAGAAAAACCUUCCAUAAAAUUUGAUUGAGUUGUAGUAUUUAUAGUGUACAUUUAGUUUUCGUUUUUAUUUACUCUAGGAUAAUUUUAUUUCAGUUUUUCAUUUUAGCUAACGACCGUUUUACAAAAAAUAAAAUUUUGUUCAAUUUUUUGUUGUAACAAUUACUUGGACCAAUCAGAUUGUCGUUAAAGUUAGCGUGACCGAUUAGAUUCGAUUUCUUCUGACGUAUAGCGUCAAUAACCGUUAGAAAUAAGGCUUGGAAAACGUCAGUUAGGGAAUUAUAUUAUUAUGUAUUGAGAAAGAAAUAGAGAAACUAUUUAUAAUAUUUGGUUAAUAUUUGGUUGCACACAUCGCGCGUAAAAAAAUUCGUUGUGUAAAAUUAAAAAGGAAGGGUAUAUGCGUGUGCGAUCAACUGUUAUCAUAGGUUUUGAAAAAACUCCGACAAUUUUCUGUCAUAGU